UCAGAAAGGGCUCAGCGGUCCAACAAUGAGACUUGCAACAUUGUAUCGCACGCGCACAUUCGCUUUCGAACGCGGUGCGCGGUGAAACAAUGUAUCGAGUCCGACACAUGAAGCAACGCCGACGGGAAAUAAACCUGCGAUGGCUCAUCAUUUCUGUCUAAUGUCUUUUCGGGAGCUCAAAUCGCUCGAUAGCUAAUACUGCCAGGCGCAGGCUGCUGUGCGCGCGCAUACGGAGCUCAUGGCGGAGUUUGUCGCCGAGACCUGCGGGGUGUCAUCGCCCAACGGCGGCGGCGGCGGGAAAUCUGCCCACCCCGGCGAUGAGACGGGCGGCAGGGAUGAGUGCGAGGUGUCGGUCUCAAACGGGGACUGUGGAUUGUGCGGACCCGAGAAUCCAGAGCUGGAAGCGGCAAACGCAUCUGUCGUGCCGGACGGAAAACCUGGGAUACCACGGAAGGCGAGCAUUAUAAAGGAUGGCUCCAGGCGAUGCAAGGAGAGGAAGAAGACGGUGUCGUUCAGUAGCAUGCCAACAAAGAAGAUCAGCAGUGCAAGCGACUGCAUUAAUUCAAUGGUAGACGGCUCGGAACUGAGGAAAGUUCGCUCCAAUUCCAGAGUCUACCAUCGCUACUUCAUGCUAGAUGCCGAUAUGCAGUCUCUGCGGUGGGAGCCGUCAAAAAAAGAAUCGGACAAGGCCAAGAUUGACGUAAAAUCCAUCAGAGAGGUACGAACCGGCAAGAACACGGAGACCUUCAGGACCAACGGAAUUUCAGAUCAGAUUUCUGAGGAUUGCGCGUUUUCCAUCAUUUAUGGGGAAAACUACGAAUCGCUUGAUUUGGUGGCAAAUUCGGCUGAUGUAGCUAAUAUAUGGGUGACUGGACUCAGGUACCUCAUGUCGUAUGGCAAACACACUCUAAACAUGAUUCAGAGUAGUCAGGACAACAUGCGCUCCUCCUGGCUGGGAGAACUCUUUGACGAAGCAUGUGCGAAUGGCGGAAAAAGCAUCAGUCUUUGUUCGGCCGUACAGAUGAUCAAGAAGUUAAGUCCUGGAGUUAAAAAUGUCAAGAUAGAGCUCAAAUUCAAGGAGUUGCACAAAGCGAAAGAAAAAAUGGGUAGCAAAGUGAGUAAGGAGGAGUUCAUCGAAGUCUUUCAUGAUCUUUGCACAAGACCAGAAAUUUAUUUUUUGCUAGUCCAGUUCUCCAGCAACAAGGAAUUUCUUGAUGCUAAAGACUUGAUGAUUUUCUUGGAGGCAGAACAGGGUAUGGCCAAAGUGAGUGAGGACAUCAGCAUAGAAGUGAUUCAGAAGUAUGAACCCUCAAAAGAGGGGCAGUUGAAGAGAUGGCUCUCACUGGAUGGAUUUACCAAUUACCUCAUGUCACCAGACUGCCACAUUUUUGAUCCUGAACAUAAAACAGUAUGCCAAGAUAUGAAUCAACCUCUGUCUCACUAUUACAUCAACUCCUCCCAUAACACCUACCUGAUAGAGGACCAAUUCAAGGGUCCAUCAGAUGUAACAGGGUACAUCCGGGCCCUUAAGAUGGGCUGCAGAAGUGUGGAGCUUGACGUUUGGGAUGGGCCCGAUAACGAACCGGUCAUUUACACUGGCCACACGAUGACCUCACAGAUCGUUUUCCGAAACGUCAUUGACAUCAUCAACAAAUAUGCCUUUGUGGCAUCAGAAUUUCCUGUAAUACUGUGCUUGGAGAACCACUGUUCGUUAAUUCAACAGAAGGUCAUGUUUCAGCACCUGAAAAAAAUACUCGGGGACAAAAUUCACUUGGAUUCUCCCAACCUUGACGACAGCUACCUUCCAUCCCCCUCUGAAUUAAAGGGUAAGAUUCUUUUGAAGGGCAAAAAACUAGCGAGCAACUUCAUUGGGACAGAAGGUGAAGUGACUGAUGAAGACGAGGGGGCUGAAAUGGCUCAGCGGGUGAACAGCGAACAAGUAGUAGAACAGCAGACAGUUGCUCAACCCAAAAAGUUUCAGCUCUCCAAGGACUUAUCCGACUUGGUAACCUUGUGUAAAUCUGUUCGAUUUAAGGAUUUUGUGUCAGCUUUCCAGAAUCAGAAACACUGGGAGCUGUGCUCCUUCAAUGAGGUCUUUGCCAGUAAAUGUGCUACCGACCACCCUGGAGACUUCGUUAACUACAAUAAGAAAUUUUUGGCAAGGGUUUAUCCCAGUCCGAUGAGAAUCGAUUCUAGCAACAUGAACCCACAGGACUUUUGGAAAUGCGGCUGUCAGAUCGUAGCAAUGAACUAUCAAACACCCGGGCUCAUGAUGGACCUUAACAUUGGCUGGUUUAGGCAAAACGGGAACUGCGGUUACGUUCUACGUCCAGCUAUCAUGAGGGAGCAGGUGUCUUAUUUCAGUGCCAAUACUAAAGACUCGGUUCCAGGAGUAUCUCCACAACUCCUUCACAUAAAGAUUAUCAGUGGGCAAAAUUUCCCCAAACCCAAGGGCUCGGGGUCCAAAGGCGAUGUCGUAGACCCUUACGUUUACAUUGAAAUUCACGGCAUCCCUGCUGACUGUGCUGAGCAAAGGACUAAAACUGUCCAUCAGAACGAAGACAAUCCCAUUUUUGAUGAGAGUUUUGAGUUUCAAAUUAACCUUCCAGAAUUGGCAAUGGUGCGAUUUGUUGUCUUGGAUGAUGACUACAUCGGGGAUGAGUUUAUCGGUCAGUACACCAUUCCUUUCGAGUGCAUUCAGCCAGGUUAUCGCCACGUUCCCCUACAGUCUCUUACAGGUGACGUACUUCCACAUGCCUGGCUCUUUGUCCAUGUGGCUAUUACCAACCGGCGCGGUGGGGGUAAACCUCACAAAAGGGGGCUUUCUGUCCGCAAAGGUAAACGGGGUCGGGAAUAUGCCACCAUGAGGAUACUUUUCAUCAAAGCUCUGGAUGAAGUCUUUAAAACUGCUGCACAGCCACUACGGGAAGCCACCGAUCUGAGAGAGAACAUGCAGAAUGCCAUCGUGCCAUUUAAAGAGCUCUGCGGUCUGUCGGCGGUGGCCAAUCUGAAGCAGUGUAUUCUGGCCCUCUCCCCACGCCUCACUGGACCGGAUAACAGCCCGGUUCUGCUGUUUAACCUCAAAGAUCAGUACCCGACCGUGGAGGCACAGGGGGUGCUGCCGGAAGUGCUGAAGAAAGUCGUGACGGCUUAUGAGAUGAUGAUCCAAACCAGUCGGACGCUGCUGGAAAACUCGGACAGCAUUUACGAUAAAAUACUGCAGGUCCAGAAAGCAGCGAUGGAGUUUCACGAGAAUUUGCAUGACAUGGCCAUGAAGGAAGGUCUGAAGGGACGAAAACUCCAUAAAUCUGUGGAGAGCUUUACCUGGAACAUCACCAUUUUGAAGGGCCAGGCCGAUCUGUUGAAACACGCCCGUGCAGAAGUGCUGGAAAACUUGAAACAGAUCCACUACGCCGCCCUCACGUCUAACCUGGUGAAGGGGUCGUCCGAGCCUAAGGGCCGCCGCAGUCUUGGGGCGAUCCCGGAGAAGGCCGUCAGAGAGGAGGACAUCCCAGAUGAGGAGAACUGAGGUUACCUUUCCUCCAAAUCCCAAAAGUCCUCUGUUCUCGCUCCAGAGAUCGGUGUGUGCUGAGGGCUCGGGUCAACCGAGGAGGUUUCGAUCGAGAUCAGCGCACCACAUCUACAGGAUAUCAACGAUAAGGGAGAAGUGUUUUCAUGAGAGGAGAAAAGGCCUUCUCCACUUCCUGUUUCCACCUCCUCCACUUCCUGUUUGUGUCUCUGCCCAUGUGUCUCUUUAAUGCCGCGGGUCUCUGGGGUCAAGUCGGUGUCUAUGUGCCACAACUUGGCCCCAGAACUUUUCUACAAGCACAAACGUUGAGUAUUAAGACUGGAAUCAUGAAUGUAAAAGGACGUCGCGUGUGAACGUGAGAAAGAAAAUCAGAGAGCUGUUUACAAUAAAGAACUAAUUCAUGUUCUGUCUGCCAAACUAGUAUGUAUGUGUGUGUAUAUAUACUGUAGUAUAAAUAUAUAAAUAUAUGGAGAUCUGUUACCUUUUUGCUAUGUGAACUUUUAAUGGAUCAGAUUAUUUUGUUAACAGAAAUGGGUGUUUUAAAAGAGUUCAUAUUUUAUUUGCUUGUACAGACCUAAAUGUGGCCAGAGCGGAUCAUACGAGAGCGUUUUUUAUUAUUAUUUGUAUAGAUAUAGGAGGAACGUAAGAUGGGCAUCACGUGAGAUGUGAUUCGAGAGAUAUAUUACCAGCAGUUAUCGUACUGUACAUGUGAAUAGGUGUCUGAGCCGAUUGUUGCGUCUGAUUUGCCACACACACAUCGCAGAGACUUCCUAGUAGUGGUCGACCGAUAUAGUUUUUAUUUUUUAUGGCCUUUCCGAUACCGAUAUUGAGAAAGCAUGUGUGAGCAAUAUAAAGGCCGAUUUAACAGAAAUAAAGACAAAUGAGAGACAAACAAAAUGAGAGAAAAUUGAUGAAGCAUAAUAUUUAUAGACAUACCCCUUUUAAGUACUUGAAAAAUAUCUACAAGACAUAUAUAAUGUGGAUGACAGAUAUUGCUGCACAACUGGGUGUUGUUGUGUGUAACUUCACAUUAAAAAGUGAAUAAUUCUUGGAAAUUUUACUGUCUGUCAGACUUUGGCUUUGCAUCAGAGUUUAUUUCUUUCCAUAAAAAAAAAACAACAGUUAAGGAACAGAAAGAUUUAGUGGCCGAUGCAGAUCAUUUAAAUUUUUACAAAUAUCGGCAGAUAUAUCGGUCCAUCACGACUUCACAGUGGGCAAUUGAUGUAAACUGAACGUCAUAGAUAUUGACCUACAUAUAAAUUAAUCCAAUUUUCGUUUAGGAAUUACUUCCUCUGUCAUCCAUUAUGAAGUCUUGACUAAUAUUUAAUGUCAAAUUGAUAUCAAAGUGCCCGCUGGGUUGGAAGUGACGACUACGUUAAUGAAUCCUCUAAAUUGAUUAUUCAUGCAGGAUUCACUCCUGAACGCUUCACAUACUGUAGUGAUGACCAUAGCAAUGAUUGCUGUAAAUCAUUCAUGGAUUUGAUAUUUUUAGCUUCAAUUUUGUGACUUGAUCCUAUGUGAGGCUUUUUUGAUCACAGAAGGACAGUGUUAGUAUAAACGGUCAUUUUAUUUAUGUAUAUAAAACUGCUGAUUUCAAAUAGCAUUGUGUUUUAGGACUUUAACAUCCUGGAUUCAUUUUUUUGCGAUUUUCUCGCACCUCGUACAAGCCGUCAGGGUCAGAAAGAAAGCGACAUCACUGCAUUAAAAAACAGUUUUGAUAACUCUGUAUACGCUACAGAUUUAAAGUGGACAUAUCAUGAAAAUCUGACUUUUUCAAUGUUUUAAGUGCUAUAAUUGGAACCCCAGUGUUUCUAUCAACAUCGAAAAUGUGUCAAAGAAAAACCCAGUAACUUAGUUUUGGUAAACCAUUCUCUGCAAGCAUGUGAAAAAAUAGGUAAUUGAAAUUUGGCUCCCCUUGUGAUGUCAGAAGGGGAUAAUCCCGCCACUUAAUCUGCACUAUUAUAGAGAUUAACUCAUUCCCCGCCAGACUUUUUUUAAAAGUUGCCCGCCAGCAUUUUUUGUGAUUUUCACAAAAGUUUCCAGGAAAAUUUUAUUCUAAAAAUAUAUAAACAUACAAAUAUAUCAAAUGAAAAACAGACCCUCUGCUUUCUAACAAACAAACAAAACGGGGAAAAUUUUUUUCACCCUAUCUAUAUUUUUUCCCUGCUUAUAAAAUUUUUCUUAAUUUUUUUUUUUAAUCAAAAAGCUGAAACAAUUGCAUUUUUGUGAAGGAAUUUUGUUAGAGACCAGAUUUAGAACAAUUAUCAAAACAUACACAGUUUAAAAUUAGUAAAUAACGCUUUGUCUUUUUUUCAUAAAUUGGGUCAGUGGAUUAUCGCGGUUUUGCAGAUUAACAUAAAAAUUUGGAAAAAAAUUUAUGCAAAUGUUUUCUCUUAAUUGACAAGAUAACUCGUCAAUGGCGGGGAAAGAGCUAAUAAUAAUCGACAGCAGAAUUGAGUUUCAAUUUUAACAAACCACCAUUUAUUGGCGAUCAGUGUUUGCAUUACAUCAGCUCAUUUGCAUUUUAAAGGACACACCCAAAAACAACACAUUUUUGCUCACACCUACAAAAUGUCAAUUUUAACAUUAUAAUAAAUUAUCUAUAUGGUAUUUUGAGCUAAAACUUCACAUACACCAAAGAUUUAAUUUGCAUCUUAAAAAAGUCUUGUGAAAUGUCCCCUUUAAUGUAAAUGAUUUUUCAGGAGUGAAUUCGGUUCCAGAAUUCAGUAGUGUAACCAAACAGUUUGCGCUUGCUAAAAGCUGUUGACUAUUCAGCGAUUUUGUGCAAAAACAGUGUGGAGUGACAAUCAAAUUUAUCUGCAGUGUGUACGUGGCCUUUCAGAGCAAACUGAAUACUGUACGUCAAGUGUUGUGGUUUAGCUUCUCAACCAUUCCUGAAAACAAAAGUAUCUCAUCCGUUUAUGAAUACUGUCCAGAUGUGAUUCUGCUUUGUUAUUUGUCUUGCAUCGCCUUUUCUAACCCAACAAGUUGCUUCAAGUUUGUAAGUAUUCGUCUCCGGCUCAUUCCUUUGGUCUUCUUUGUGCCUAUCUACUGUCGGACUUUGUGAAUCACUUCCAUUGGACUUAACAAGUUGUGACCAGAGAUACAACUGGACAUGAAAAAAAGAAGCGCUUUGUUUAUACAUUUCAGUGCUGUUAUUGUGUAUUUAUAUCUAUUGUUAGCCAUUUAUACCAGUGAGGAGUGGGUGAUAUGUUUUGUUUAACUGUUACGACCCAACGCUCAGAAAUAAACCAUGAUGUUCUUUAA